UCUAUAGUUCUAUUGGUGGUGUGAUUCUUGAUAUUAGAUAUUAGAGUACCAUUACGGUCAGGUCUAUUGAACCGGUUAUUCUUCUCCACUCUGUCUCUCCAGUAGGUCUAGCGGCUCCAACGAGUCCAAUACAAAGAUUUUCUGGUUCAUCUAAACCGGACGGCCCAGGCCAGGCCACAACGUCUGCACUUUCUCUCGAAAAUCCGAUGCAAGCAGUCUUGCUCUGCGAAAGAAAGGUGCUCUCUCCCUUCUUGCUCUCGAUCUCCACCAUUCUUGCUGCGAGAUUCGGCGUAGCUACUCACUAUUGCGGCAGCUCCGAGGAUGCCACGGACGUGGGUUGUGCCGAAACACAAACUAUCGACACUGCUGGGUGCCUAUCUUACAGAAUUGAGAAGCUUCAGAGGCACGAACCGGUGCUUUCUGCAUUCAAAGGAUGGAUGGGCGAUGGCUUCCCCGUCCAUAGAGGCGACAUUUUUCAUGCCAUCAACCGGCUGAGGAAGCUAAAGAUGAACAAACGCGCUCUCGAGGUUAUGGAGUGGAUUGUGAGAGAGAAACCAUAUAAACUGAAUGAACUGGAUUAUUCAUAUCUACUGGAAUUCACCUCAAAACUUCAUGGCAUAGAGCAAGGGGAGAAACUCUUUACUCGUGUUCCUGUUGAGUUCCAAAAUACUUUGUUGUAUAAUAACCUGGUACUGUCAUGUCUUGAUAAAAGUGCAAUCCGGUUGGGAAUGGAUUACAUGAAGAAAAUGAGGGCCUUGAGUUUUCCAAUCUCUCCUCUUGUUUACAACCGCUUGAUAAUUCUGCAUUCUUCACCAGGUCGUAGGAAAACAAUUCCAAAAAUUAUGGCUCAGAUGAAAGCUGAUGGUGUGAUCGCAAGCUCUUCGACAUACAAUAUUCUCCUAAAAUUAGAAGCUAGUGAGCACAACAUUGAAGGAGUCAUGAAAGUUUUCAAUGACAUGAAGCAGGCAAAUGUUGAGCCCAGUGAAGUUACUUACUGUAUAUUGGCUACUGCACAUGCUGUUGCAAGAUUGUAUGCCGUCUGUGAGGCUUACAUUGAAGCUGUGGAAGCAUCCAAAACAGGUACUAACUGGUCCACAUUUGAUGUGCUGAUGAUAUUGUAUGGGUAUGUGGGUAAGGAGAAGGAGAUAGAAAGGACAUGGAAGAUUAUUGAGAGCCAUCAACAUAUUAGAACUAAAAGCUUUAUACUCGCGAUCGAAGCCUUUGGUAGGAUUGGCCACAUUAACAGGGCUGAAGAACUAUGGCUGGAAAUGAAGACUAAGAAGGAUUUGAAGUUCACAGAGCAGUUCAAUGCAAUGAUAUCGGUUUAUACUAGAUAUGGCCUAGUGGACAAAGCAUCUGAACUAUUUAAAGAGAUGUUAUCAUCGAAUUGCAAACCUAAUGCAAUAACAUACCGUCAUCUUGCCCUGGGUUGCCUCAGAAGUGGCCUAGUGGAGGAAGCAUUGAAGACUUUGGUUAUGGCAUGUGAUCACAACUCAACUAAAGAGGUGAGUAGAUCGACACCGUGGCUGGAAACCACUCUUUCAAUAAUUGAGGUUCUUGCUGCUACAGGCGAUGUUGGGAAUACUAUGAAGUUGUUUAGGGAGUUGAAAGAAGCAAGGUACAGUAGGUAUACCUUUGUACAUAAUACAUUGCUGAGAUCAUAUGUGAAGGCAAAAACUUAUGCUCCUGAUUUUCUGCGAAAGAUGAUUUUGGGAGGGGCAAGGCCUGAUGAUGAGACCUAUAGUCUUUUGAGACUUAUGGAGCAGUUCAAAACAUGAAUCUGGCAUAGCAUAAAAACAUAACAUGGAAAAGAUGAAACAACAAGAGGCAGAAAAGGGACUCAGUUUCAGAAUAUUGGGGGGUUCAUUGCAGUCUGAUGUGUUUCUACCCUUAUAAGCUUCCACUACAAGCAUAGAUAUUUGUUCUAAAGAUGGACACCCUGGAAAAACGGGCAAUUUCUAUGAGAGAAGGGCUUGAGGAUAUGUGUGAUGGUUGACAUUCAAAUGAGUGGAAGAUAUCUGUCAAGUGAAGAUGCUCAGGUUAUGCUGCAGAUAUUUAUGGAAUGCAUCUCUCGAGUAUGGGAUGUUUCUUCCUUGCUUGCUUGUUGCAAGUCUUCCUUGUCCAUUGAGAUAUUGGAGGAUGAUUUCAAAGUUCUGAAGAUGCUUCCAGAUUUUAUAGUUCUACAGACCUAAGUUAGAAUAGAUGUUGCCUCAAUCUCAUUCUCUAUGUGAAGACUUUUCUAUGCCACACUUUUUUUUACUAAUUACAUUAUCUGUCUAUGUACCAUAGUGGGCCACAAGAAAUAUAACUCAUGGGAUCAGUUGUCCUCCAUAUCUGACUACAUGAGAAACUUCGGUCUUGGUUUCAGCUGUUCAAGUUAUGCAUAAAAUUCGGGACUUUAGAUCCAGCUCUUCCAUA